AUGUUGUUCCAGAACCUGGUCCUGCUGCUCACCUUCAUUAUCACUACUUCCUACUCGCAGACCACCCAGCCAGAGCUAUGCGCGACAGGCGUCCAUGCCAUCCUUAUUCGGGGCCAGGGGCCUGGCGAUCACUUGAACGUGAUGGUCACCAUGCAGAACCUGAUUUUGCAGCUGAUUCCGGGCUCUAGUAGCGUUGCUCUGCCGUAUCAUCAUGGUGGUGACGAUCAUAGAGUCGUCGCCGCGGACGGGGCCCUCUUGAUGCAGCAGUAUAUCCGGGACUAUGUCGCCUCAUGUCCGCAUUCAAGGAUCUUCAUCAUGGGGUACUCACUGGGCGGGAUCAUCAUGAUGGACGGUCUCUGUGGGACUAGUUCCCUGUGGUUAAACCCUGUUUCAGCAAUCGAACCUCAAUACAACAAAAAUGUGAUCGCGGCUGCUGCAUACGGCGAAGAGACGUUUAUCCCAGGGAUGCCCUGGAACGCAGGCACAUGCGCCGAUGGAACUGGGGUAUACCCACGUCUCCAUCCAGAGUAUUGUGAUCCCUAUGCCUCAUCUAUUCGGGACUACUGCGACGAGGGGGACAGCUCCUGCUGCAUGAAGUAUCCGGCCUGGGACGAUGGAUCUCAUUUCACAUAUAUUUUCAAAUACAAUGUGGAUCUCUUGCGCUUUGUGGAGCGUCGACUGGCAGAAACGCCCGUACCCUGA